CUUUGGUGUUGCUUGAUGGUGAAGCUGUUGCUUUUGCGGAAAACACCCAAGACCGACGCGGGAGAACAACGUUCGCACCGAGAGACGGAGUCUGGCUCCACACACGGCCACGUGACGGGGGACUAUGGGAGGCCAAGAUGCAAAGAGCUUUCCAAUCAAGAGGACCGCUGGAGACAUGAUUCAACAUUAAUGAAUUCAACAACUCUGACAUGGAACACAACUGUGGAGUACAAAGGUGGAGAGGAGCCGGCGAUACAGUCCCAUCUGUAAAGCUAAAAGAGGAAACAAGGUGCACAUUCUUCUGAUCGCGUUGCUGAAAAAAGAGUAGGCGUGCUCGAUCUGUGCCUACGACACACAGAACAAACUGAGUCAACUGACGGCACUGGACCGAGUGACCACAGACGCAGCUAUGUAAGAAGACAUCUCUCCAGUAUGCAGGUCCUGACAAUCAACACACGACUGUGAUUCAUGCCAUAUGUGGGCUCUCAGGGGGAAAAGGCAGGAAGCAUAAGUCCAGAGUGGUCACUAUGCCUCGGAACCGAGCCUUUUCCGAGCCAGAGUACUCGGCGGAGUACUCGGCGGAUUGCUCGGUCACUCUGCCCUCUGACCCCGGGCAGGCGGUCGGGCGAACACACGAGGUCACGGUUCGGAGCUCGGGAUGCUGCCUCUGCUUGCCGCGGUUUAUGCGCCUCACCUUCACGCCAGAGUCUCUGGAAAACCUCUACCAGACCUACUUCAGACGGCAGAGACACGAAACCCUGCUGGUGCUGGUCGUGUUCGCUGCCCUCUUCGACAGUUACAUCAUCGUCAUGUGUGCGGUGGUCUACACCACCGACAAGCUGGCUUCUGUUUUAGUGGCAUCGGUGGGACUGGCGGCCGACAUUGUCCUCUAUCUGUUGUGCCGCUUUGGGCUGCUGCCAGACCGCAUCUCGAGACGGGUGGUGCCCUAUGCUUUGUGGGUGCUCAUAGCAGCUCAGAUAUUCUGCUACCUGGGUCUGAACUAUGCUCGCUUCCACCAAGCUAGCGACACUGUGGGCUGGCAGGCUUUCUUCAGCUUUUCCUUUUUUCUGACUCUGCCUUUGAGGCUGACACCCAUCGUGCUCAUCACUACUGUAUCCUGCGGGGUCCACACCCUGGUUCUUGGCGUCACUAUUGCCCAGCAGCAGCAGGAGAACAUCCAGGGAACAGCACUUAGCAGACAGCUGCUGGCCAACAUAGUGAUCUACGUGUGUGCCAUCACUGUGGGAGUCAUGUCGUACUACAUGGCUGACCGUAAACAUCGAAAGGCCUUUCUGGAGGCGAGGCAGUCACUGGAGGUCAAACUCAACCUGGAGGAGCAGAGCCAGCAACAGGAACGCCUGCUGCUCUCCAUCCUUCCAAAGCAUAUAGCUGAUGAGAUGCUUCAGGAUAUGAAGAAGGAGCCCAGUCAGAAAGAGAUGCAGCAGUUCAACACUAUGUACAUGUACAGACACGAAAACGUCAGUAUUUUGUUUGCAGACAUCGUGGGCUUCACACAGCUGUCAUCGUCCUGCAGCGCUCAUGAACUGGUCAAACUGCUCAAUGAGCUCUUUGCCCGCUUUGACAAACUGGCUGCAAAAUAUCACCAGCUGAGAAUCAAGAUCCUGGGAGACUGCUACUACUGUAUCUGUGGGCUACCGGACUACAGGGAGGACCACGCUGCAUGCUCUAUCAUGAUGGGUCUGGCCAUGGUGGAGGCCAUCUCGUACGUCCGAGAGAAAACCCAGACAGAUGUCGACAUGCGGGUUGGAGUGCACAGCGGUACAGUACUUGGAGGAGUGCUCGGUCAAAAACGCUGGCAGUACGACGUCUGGUCCACCGAUGUCACUGUGGCAAACAAGAUGGAGGCUGGAGGAAUACCAGGUCGUGUCCACAUCUCACAGAGCACCAUGGAAUGUCUUCAUGGAGAGUUUGAUGUGGAGCCAGGGAAUGGAGGUGAUCGCUGUGACUACCUGAAGGAGAGAGGCAUCGAGACCUUCCUAGUGGUUGUUCCCAAAGGACCUGUGGGGAAGAGUGGAAUCAAUGGUGUCAAGCUGUCUGUUACCUCUUCAAAUGGAAACUCCCCGCUGUUGAUCAACACCACAGAGUGUAACGGCAAUGUGAACACAGCCUGCCCCACACCAGAGGAACCAGAAGAUCUUGAUACGAAGGUGGUAAAUCCAUCUUUCCCUAACCCUCGGAGAAGGCUUCGGCUGCGGGACCUGGCUGAAAGGGUUAUUGAUGCUCAGGAGAAUGAACAAGAGCUCAACAAACUGCUCAAUGAGGCCCUGCUGGAAAGAGAGACGGUCCAAGCCCUGAAGGGGAAACGCACCAACAAACUCUCCCUAAGGUUUGUGGAUCCAGACCUGGAGACUCGUUACUCAGUGGAGAAGGAGAAACAGAGCGGGGCUGCCUUCUGCUGCUCCUGUGUGGUCCUGCUCUUCACUGCAGCUAUGGAGGCACUCAUAGACCCCUGGCUGAUUGCAAACUACAUCACCUUUGCAGUGGGAGAAAUCUUGCUGCUUAUCCUGACAAUUUGCUCUCUGGCUGCCAUCUUCCCUCGAGUAUUUCCCCAGAAGCUGGUGUCUUUCUCCACCUGGAUCGACCACACCCGCUGGGCUCGUAACACCUGGGCUAUGGCAGCCAUCUUAAUACUCACCAUGGCCGACAUCGUGGACAUGCUGAGUUGUCUGCCUCAAGUCCCUGACUCAGGCAGCACCACAGUGGCCCCGCCCUCCUCGUCUUCCUCCUCCUGGUCUGACCCUGACUGUUGUCUGGACAACCCCAAAUAUUACAGCUACAUUGCUGUGCUGGCACUGAUGGCCACCACCAUGCUGGUUCAGGUCAGUCACAUGGUCAAGCUCACACUGAUGCUGCUCAUCACAGUGGCCACCGGCAUUGUUAACAUCUACAGCUGGAGGGACAUCUUCGACCGCUAUGACAUGGCCCGCUUUCAGGACUACAGGUCAUACCUGGUGCCCUCCAAGUUCACAAUGACAAUUAUGAUCUUUAUUAUGAUGGUCAGCUUCUAUUAUUUCUCCCGACAUGUAGAGAAGCUUGCCCGCACCUUGUUUCUUUGGAAGAUUGAGGUCCAUGAGCAGAAGGAGAAAGUGUAUGAGAUGAGACGCUGGAAUGAAGCACUGGUGACCAACAUGCUGCCUGAACAUGUGGCUCGGCACUUCCUGGGCUCUAAGAAAAGGGAUGAGGAGUUGUACAGCCAGUCCUACGAUGAGAUUGGAGUCAUGUUUGCCUCAAUUCCCAACUUCUCUGACUUCUACACAGAGGAGAGCAUCAAUAACGGAGGAAUUGAGUGCUUACGGUUCCUCAAUGAGAUCAUCUCCGACUUUGACAGUCUGCUGGAUGAGACUAGGUUCCGCUGCAUCACAAAAAUCAAGACCAUCGGCAGCACCUACAUGGCAGCAUCCGGUGUCACUUCAGAUGUCAGCAAUGGUUACACCUGCAUGAAGAAGGAGGAGCAGUCUGACAGAGAGCGCUGGCAGCACCUGGCAGACCUGGCAGACUUUGCUCUGGCCAUGAAGGUCUCACUCAUGAACAUCAACUACCAGUCAUUCAACAACUUCAUGCUACGCAUCGGUCUGAAUAAGGGCGGAGUGUUAGCUGGAGUAAUUGGUGCCCAAAAACCCCACUACGAUAUCUGGGGGAACACUGUGAAUGUGGCUAGUCGCAUGGAGUCCACAGGGGUCAUGGGAAACAUUCAGGUGGUGGAGGACUGCUACAACAUCCUGAAGGAGUACAGCUUCCGCUUUGUGAGGAGGGGCCCCAUCUUUGUGAAGGGAAAAGGGGAACUGCUCACUUAUUUUCUGAAGGGAAGAGACAAACAAGGCUCAUUUAUCAAUGGCUCCUCUGUCACUCUGCCACACCAGGUGGUGGACAGCUAAGGACCACACACACACACUUCCCAGUGAUCACCUCUAGGUUUUGAUGAUUGCCGGACAGAGUUUUUGGAAAAGUAAUUUGCCUAAAAUUGCUAACAACUGAAAUUAACUGAAUGUUUACAAGUCAAAUUAAAAUACCACUGGCACACUUUAUACAAACCUGUGACAACACACACACUCACACACACACACACACACACACACACACACACGUGUUCACUUUCUGUGGAAAGAUAUAUGUACCAGUCAAGGUUGUAUUUAAUAUUGAAUGCCAUGUUCAAGAUGAACCACGGAACUCAAAACAUGAAUGUUGUAUAAAUGAAGGAAUUUACAGAAAAGAUAAGAAACUGGGAGGAACACCAGGCAUCUAGACACACACACACACACCAAACAAUAUAAGAUUGCAUCUAUAUCUAAAAUAAAUUUUAAGAGGAUGGAAUUCCAUUUGUCAGUAUGGAGUCUCCUGUGACACAACAAAAGUGAUAUGAAACAGAUUCUCCACCACACUGAUGGUGUCUAUGAUAUAUGAGAGAUGGGCUCUGACACGCACAGUGGCCUCGGCUGCAGGUCCAUCCUAAAAGAUGGAUCAGUUUCAGCAGCUACUUAUUAGACCAAUGGCGUUGUGGUUCUGUGGUACACACCUCAGCUAUCAAAAUUCACUUUAUUCAAUUCAAGUGUAUUCACAUGUCAUCUUGCUCAUGGAACAGAUUGAAUUUUUAUGAGUUAUUGGAAUGAAAAUUGUGUUUUGAAUUCAACCUUUCAGCAUGAGGAUGACAAAUUCAAACUCACGUCAUUUCAUUUAAAUACAAUGAUGGUCUUUAUCUCUUUCUAUAAACUGAUUAAAACUAGACAGUAAUCACAGACACAUACACACACAGAGCCUUUUUUGCAAACACGUCAGUUUUGAUGCCAUUUCCUCAGCACAUUCACACUCUGUGGCUUUUGGAUGCCCGGCCUAAAUUUUGGACUGCUGCCCAUUUACAGAAUACUUCCAUGUAUGGAAACCUGACAAACUGUUCUGAGCUCAGAUUUCCUGUCUUUGAUGAGGAAGAGGAUGUGGAAAUAGACCAAUGAGAGGACAGAGUGUGACGAUACAGACUGAUCUGCCACCUGUUGCUGCCAAUGUGUGGUUGUGUAUAAUAGUGUAUGCGCAUAGUGUAUUUUUCCACAGUCAAAGUAUUGUCUCAGUACUGUGCUCUCCUUUCUGCUACCGCAGCACUAGCUUCUGGGUGUUUCUGUACCUCGGAGUGUUGGACAUGAAGGAGAACAUGUGUGUGUACUGUGUGUUUUAGGUGAAGGACAGGUGAUGGUGUUCAGAAGGUAGCACACAUGGAAGAAAUAUUUUUCACACUGAUUGUGAAUUGAUGGAAGUGCCUAUGACAGCUGUGAUCAUCAUGUUUUCAUGUAGUUAAACCAUUGCAUGGCUUUUUACAGCCAGGGGAAAUUCUCCGAAUCCAUUUCACAAAGCUGGGAAAGGACUAUUCCUGUUUAUUUCAACUUGCUCUGGUCAUCAUUUGCAUCGUUUAUUGUGCAGUUGAUAGCUGAAAUAUGCAGACACGAUGACAUUGCCAAAAAUGGGUCCCACGGGUCAAGAAACACCAGCAGUCAGACAGGUUGGAAACACUCCAACAGUUUAGUCAACUAUAUUUGAAGAGAAAAAUAAGGCAAACUGUAAAAGGAUUUAUUCAUUAAAUUGUUCCUUGGAUUUCAGGUGUCUCACUUUCAAAUUAAACUUCAUAUGAAAUGGUAUAGAUUAGCUGUUUAAAGUGUUCGUAUGCAACCUGUGUGAAUGUCGGACUGCUUGUGUUUCUUGGUCCAUUAGACCUAUUUCAGUGAUAUCACUGUAACAUAUAAUCUCAGCAAUUAACGAGGAGAGGGAUGUUUGAAAAGCCAAAAAGGUCACAAGCUGUCAUGAACUGGAAUUGUCCUGUUACUGCAUGAUAGUCAUGUGGAAAGAGAAGGAUGAAAUCAGAGAGUAAAUGUAAUUAUGUAAAAUGACGACGGCAACGAAAAGUUCUAAUACAUGAAAUUGAACUCGUAGCCUUCCCCAUUGUUUGCAUACAAUUUGGAUCAACUCCAUUUCCACCUGGUUUACAAAAUAAUGUGCCGUAAUUCCUAUGUUGACAUGGUAUUAAAAUGCAAACUACACCUGGAUAAUGAUAUCUGAUUAUGAGGCUUUUGCAUUUACACCUGGAAUGAAUAGACAUUCAGGUUUUCUCAACUCUGCCUGCACUGUGAUCGGAUCUCAACACACAACUUAUUUUCCAGCUUUGCUUUUACACUGCUGUCUAACCACCAUGCUAUUAAGUUAUGGUGUCAGCGAUUGCCAUCCAAGUAAGAUGACCUUUCAAGCUAUACAGGCCUGUUUGAACUUUGCUACAAUCUGAUACAAAUGCGAGUCAGACCACCUCCAGAAGGGAAUGUACAUGUGGAUUCCCUGAUACAGAUUAGGUAUCCAGAUACAGAUCUCUUGCCAGGUGGAAAUGGUGUCUCACUCAUCUCGUGCAGUCUGGCCUGAAGUUGGCUAUCAUCUGUGUGUCUUGUUAGUCUGCUUGCUUGUAUACAGGGCCAAAAUAGACAUGGACGUUUCCCGCGGACAUGCACAGGGUCCUGCAUAUGCAAUGUUUUCACAGUUGCCCUUGUGGCUGAGGAAAUCGCACAGACCUGUGCAGGUGAAAGAAUUUACAUCACUUCACCAUGUAUGGUUAUGUGGACACAGAGAGUCACAUUUACUCUGAGGAGGAUACGUCUUCCUAAAGCUUUAGGAGGUUUCACCACGUGAGUCAUCUUGGGCCCUCUACCAUGCAAGGUGACACUUAAAUCAACUUGGUAAAAACUAAACUAAAAUAGACCUAAUUUUGGACCAAUUGGCAAGCAAAGCGUGUGUUUUGGUAGAGAUGAGCCAGUCGGCUCUCAUGCAGGGGUUCUCUUGGUCACAAAAAAAUAAUGUAAUUGUGAUUACAUACACAAUGUGAUUGCAUUUAGGGACCGUCAUGACAUUACUCCCCCGAAGGUUUUUAUUUGGGAUGACAGUAGUGACAUGCAGGAGAAUGGGCUCAACCACCUGGCAGGAAGCAGAUGUACUGUCUCUGUGUUUAGAGGGAAAGUAAAUGUAUACUACUGAUUGUAAAGCUCAUUAAUGUCUAUGGGAUGGGAUGAAAGUGCAAUAGUUUCUUCGAUAAAUCUGUCACGCUCCUCUCUCAAGGAAAGGUUUAAUCAUUCCUUCCCCUUUAAUUCACAUUUUUAUAAUGUAAUGUACAAGUUCUGUUCUAUUUAAAGUGAAAACGUGAAAGGACUGAAUGUGUCCUAGUUGCACAUAGAGUUUAGACAGUGUUUAUUGGUCAGAUUUAUUUAUUGGAAAUGACAGGAACAUUGUUUUUUUUCUUACAUAGAUGUGAAAGUGCCAAUGAUAAAGGAAAGGCUUUAAAUGAA